ACAAUCAAUUUCUGGACCAUCUAAGCAUUCGCAACUAUUAAAUGGAUGAUCCUUCCGCCACGCUCUUGCCCGGCGAAUCCGAAGAUCUGCGGGAGGCGCGCAAUGCCGAACUGAAGAGGGUGCUCAAGCUGAAAUUAGUGCUGGACGAGCUGCGUCGUCUGGAUUUGGGUCCAAAUCCAAGUGCGGAAAUCAAAAGAACUCUCAAAUUGGUUUCCAUUGGGAACUAUGCGCGACUGGGCGAGCUCGAGGGCAGUGGUCAGGAGCAAGUGCUGGGUCUGCCGCACGCCAGCAGUUUUCCGCCCUUGAGCUAUACGGAUCGCAAGAUGGUGCGCACAAAGUUAGCUGCCCAACUUCGGGCCACUCUACAACCCAUUGCAGAACUGGGCGACAGGAUGCGCGAUGAGUUUCCGGAUGCCUUUGAACAGGAGGCGGACCUGAGUAGCGACCAGAAGGAGAUCCUGCGGCUGGAGGAGGAGCAUCGCAGCGGGCUGAAGCAACUGGUUGAGCUUCUUGGACGCAAGUGCUCGCUCCUUAAGGACACCGCCGAACUGAAAUUGGGCCCCCAGUUGGCCAACGAACUGAAAUUGCAAGAGGCGCAGGCGCAACUCGUUCAAACAAAAGCUGAAAUUCUGCGCGGUUUCUUUGUCCACGAGGCAGCUUCCCGCACCGAAUACAGUGUAAAGGCGCACAAGGAGGUUGAGGCGCACCUGGACGAGCUGCUCGCCGCCAAAAAGUAGAUAAAGCAAAAUAUAACUAUGUAAAUUAGAUUAAAAUACAUAAGAAUUGUUAAGGAAA